AUGCUCUCAGACACCCAUGGGAAUGCUAAUAUAUCUUCCAUACAAGGUGGAAAGUCUCCGAUAGCCUCGGAAAAGGCCUCGAUGAUGCCGUGGAAGUUAUCGACCAAUACGUCUCCGGAGGCAAAGAGUCGCCCUCCAUUGUCUUCGCAUCAAUCGAACUCCCUGCCCUCCACUCCAUAUCAACAUGCGCGGAAGAUCUCCUUCCAUUCCAGAUCCCCCUCGCCUCCCCACGGGAGCACCUCCCCGCGCUCCACCCACUCCGAGUCCACCCACCUCCCCCCGUCGAUGCGAAAACAAUAUGGCGGCUGCAAGUACGAGACGGCGAUGGCUUUCUUCCGCAGGCGAAUACCGUACUCCAUAGGCGACGAGGUGUUACCGGCGGAGAAGGAGGGCUUGAAAGAGCGGCUGGAGCCCGAAGAGGAACAAAGACUGACCGCGGACAUGCUCGAGGUUUACGACCGAUUGUUACCGUCAGCCGAGAGUGACGAUCGACGACGUCAGCUCGUUCGCAAGCUGGAAAAACUCUUCAAUGAUCAGUGGCCGGGUUGUAAUAUUAAGGUUCAUGUGUUCGGGUCGUCGGGGAAUAAACUCUGUUCGAGUGAUUCGGAUGUUGACAUUUGUAUAACCACCACCUAUAAAGAGCUGGAGCAUGUGUGUCUGCUGGCGGAGGUUCUCGCAAAACAUGGUAUGGAGCGAGUCGUUUGCGUCUCGCACGCCAAAGUCCCUAUCGUCAAGAUCUGGGACCCGGAAUUGCGAUUAGCAUGUGACAUGAACGUCAACAAUACCAUGGCUUUGGAGAACACGCGAAUGGUCCGGACAUAUGUAGAGUUAGACGAGCGUAUCCGGCCCCUGGCUAUGAUUGUGAAACAUUGGACAAAACGGAGGAUAUUGAACGAUGCCGGUAACCUUCAGGCUCGACCUCACAAGAAGAAAACAACGGCGGACGGGAUUGUUUGCUCGUUCGAUGACGACCUUGAUUCUCUCAUCGGCUUUGGACGACAGAACAAGCAGUCCCUUGGAGAGCUGCUCUUCCAAUUCUUUAGGUACUAUGGCCAUGAGCUGGACUAUGAGAAGCAUGUGAUCUCUGUACGAGAGGGAAAGCUUCUAUCAAAGGAGGCUAAGAGAUGGCACUUGAUGCUAAAUAAUCGCCUGUGUGUUGAAGAACCCUUCAACACGUCAAGAAACCUGGGCAACACCGCGGACGAUACGUCGUUCAGGGGGGUCCACAUGGAGCUCCGCCGGGCCUUCAAGGCCGUUUCCGAGGGCAAUCUGGAACUUUGCUGCGAACAAUACGAGUAUCCACCUGAAGAAGAGCGCUCGUGGGAAAGACCGCCCCCCCAACCGCGACCAGUCAUCACUGCAGCCCCGCCACCGUCUCGAGGUGGCCGUGGGGGUGGUCGAGGCGGACGACACUCGAAUCAAUUUAGCCGUGGCGGGAAUGCUGGUGGCCGAAGGGCCUCAAAUACACCCAACAAGUCGAAUAGCUUCCGACAAUCCAACGGUAUGAGUGCGUCCGAAUUAUCUUUGCAGGCUCAGCAUGCUCAGUAUCUCCUCCAUGAUCAUCUCUACCAACAAAUCCAAAUUCUUCAAGCGCAGGAACAAGAAUUGCGGCUCCAACUGCAGAACCAGGCGCUUCUGACUGGACGGCCUCCGCCUGUCCUCAUCCGGCAACCGUUUAUUCAGUUUCCGAUGCCCCAGCAACAGGAAACGUCUACAGAGGACAGCUCCCGAUCAAGGUCCGGAACGACGAAUCAUCAAACGCACGGUGCAACAGUCCGUCAGCCGGUCUACUAUAGCACCCCGUAUCUCCCGGUCACUGUACCAGGUGUGCAGGGAAGCAGCACCAACCCGCCGUCACCGUCAGCAAACACCACAAUGCCAGAUCUGAGACGCAGUCCCCGCCGGUCAUCAGUAGCGAACGGGUCACCAAGCGGAUCGCUCCGGGCACACUCGCAACCGGCACGCCCAGUUAACUCUCUCCCAAGCUUCGCCCCGCUCUAUUCUAUCGCGCAAGCACAAGAGGACUCGCCGACGUCGAAACCGCGCAACAUGCCUGGUUCCCCGGACGGCCUGCAGGGUGAGGACGAAGGUACCUUUAUGCCUAGCAGUCUACCCAACGUAUCUCGCUCUGGUUACUUCGAUGAGGGCCGAGCCAAUGAAUAUGUGGGUUACUACCUGGCGACAUCCCCCCAAUUACAGGCUUAUCAUCAGAACGCUCUGUUGUCCUCCUUGUCAUCCCCAGUAGGGCUUACCAUGCAGAAUGGCACCAUGAUGCCCUUUGCCGGAAGUUCACAAGAAUACAUGCCGUCGAUCCCGCCGAAUGAAACAGUGGGUCAGAGCCUGGAUAGUGGUCACGUCUUUCCGAUCAAGUCUGGCUCAGCACAACAGCGGGCAACUUCGCGUUCGGCUCCCGCUGGCGAUCGUGGUGGUCCGUUGAUUGUGGAUGGAUCCGUGCCUCCUAGUGAAACGCGUCUCUCAGCCUCAGCAGAAGGGUAUGACCCCUAUGCUACAAUGAGCCAUGGCACUUCAGCUUCGGAUGACAUCAACACGGACACUCCUGCCAGUGUUUCCGACUCGUUUUCUCAGGACUAUCCAGACAAUAGCUCUGUCGAGAUUGACCCGACGCCAUACUUCACAAGACAGGGCAUAGAAUCAUAUCCCACGGUGGCCAAAACGGGUGAUCCCUUCGUCAAUGGUCAUGGAGGGAAGCAUAGUUUGCUUUCCAGCCGCCUGCAAAGCCUGCAUCUCUCAAACUCGGAGAAGAUGGCCGAGCCUGUGUGCCGCGGUUCAUCGGAAAAGCCUAAGACUGUCGUAAAUCAUCACGAACAUGUCGAGAAAGAAACUCCUCGUCCAAGGCAGGUGAAUGCAGCAGAAAAGGGGACGUCGGCCCCGGGUCCUUCGGCGACGGAACAACAGCCUGCAGCAUCUAGCGGGAAACGCCGUGCCAACGGCGUCGAGUCUGAAAGAGCCAAUGGAGGCACCCACAAGGCCAAGCCCAAAAACCACAAUUCUGCGUCUGGGUCAGGGGACAAUGAGAGACGGAAUGUGGGCUCUCAGCCACGGAAGUCAAACGGGGUCAGCUCGGCACAGGACUCUGCAGCGAACCAUGCCAGCGGUGGCUGGCAGAUGCCAAAGAGCAGAAAGCCCAAACGGAACACCAAGCACUCAAUGGAGCAUCGACAUGGCUUGCAUAGUGGCGCCGAGCCACUUCCGGCGGAUGAGUCUUUGAGAAAAGGCGGCUGA